GGCAGGGGGAGGGGGAGCGGCAGUGUAGGAUCAGAGGAGGAAGCAGCAGCAGCAGCGACUAGGAUGGCGGAGUCACACCUCUGAAGUAAAUAUAGACCUUUGGAGUUUGCAUCACCAAGGAAUUGAAUCCAAAUAUCCAGGAGUUCUGUGCUGUUUCAAGCAUGUGGUCCAUCAAUGCCACAAUCCAUCUUCCUGCCACUCAUGACCUGUUAACAAAGGAAUAAGGAUCAAGUACCGUAUCAUUUGUGUCUGGAGGUCUUCUCUUGAGAUAGUCAUAAAUGUGUGGGCCUUCACAAGGACGUUUUCUCUCCCAGCCGCUACGGCUACCUUUGUCCCUUUUUACCUGAAUAAGUUUCCUCACAAGAGACUCCCAUGAGUGACUCUGUAGGAGGCUGGAUAACGUCGCCAUGAGUAGUACUUUAGGUAAAGAAAAAGAUUCAAAAGAAAAGGACUCAAAAAGUGGUCCCACUGGAAAAGAAAGGGAAAAAGAGGCCAAAGCCCUGGCUGGUUUAACGAAAGAUGGAGGCAAAGACACCAAGACCAAAGGGAAAGAUACCAAAGAAGGAAAGAAGGACACUAGCGGCUCCACCCUUGGUGUUGCCUUCUCUGUUGACAAUACAAUAAAGCGACCCAACCCGGCACCAGGCACUCGCAAGAAGUCCAGCAAUGCUGAGGUCAUUAAAGAGCUUAACAAGUGCCGUGAGGAGAACUCCAUGAGACUCGACCUUUCCAAACGGUCCAUCCACAUACUGCCCACCUCCAUCAAGGAACUGACGCAGCUGGCUGAACUCUACUUGUACAGCAACAAGCUGCAGAGCCUGCCAGCUGAGGUGGGCUGCCUGUCAGGUCUGGUCACAUUGGCGCUGAGCGAGAACUCCUUGAACAGCUUACCCGAAUCUCUGGACUCGCUAAAGAAACUAAAAAUGCUCGACCUCAGGCACAACAAGCUGAGAGAGAUUCCCGCAGUGGUCUACCGGCUGACGUCCCUCACCACCCUCUACCUUCGAUUUAACCGAAUCACCACGGUGGAGAAGGACAUCCGGAACCUCUCCAAGCUCACCAUGCUCAGCAUCCGCGAGAACAAGAUCAAGCAGCUUCCUGCAGAGAUUGGGGAACUUUGCAGCCUCAUUACUCUGGAUGUGGCUCAUAAUCAGUUGGAACACCUACCGAAGGAGAUUGGAAAUUGCACACAGAUUACAAACCUUGAUUUGCAGCACAAUGAGCUCCUGGACCUCCCAGAGACUAUAGGCAACCUUGCCAGCAUAAACCGCCUUGGCUUGAGAUACAACCGGUUGUCGGCGAUUCCGAGAUCAUUAGCAAAAUGUCGUGAUUUGGAGGAGCUGAACCUUGAGAACAACAAUAUCUCUGUGUUGCCGGAGGGUCUCCUCUCCAGUUUGGUCAACCUCACCAGUCUGACUUUGGCGAGGAACUGCUUCCAGUCGUACCCUGUUGGAGGACCAUCCCAGUUCUCCACCAUCUACUCUCUCAAUAUGGAGCACAAUAGAAUCAACAAGAUCCCUUUUGGGAUCUUCACUCGGGCCAAAGUGUUAAGCAAGCUUAACAUGAAGGACAACCAGUUAACAUCUCUGCCUCUAGACUUCGGGACAUGGGCGAGUAUGGUGGAGCUCAAUCUGGCCACCAAUCAGCUAACAAAGAUCCCGGAGGACGUGUGUGGUCUAGAGUCACUGGAGGUGUUAAUAUUGUCCAAUAAUCUUCUGAAGAAGUUACCACAUCGUAUUGGAAAUUUAAGAAAACUGAGGGAGCUUGACUUGGAGGAGAACAAGUUGGAAUGUCUACCAAAUGAAAUCGCUUAUCUUAAAGAUCUACAGAAACUGGUGUUAACAAACAAUCAGCUGACCACAUUACCCAGAGGCAUCGGCCACCUCAACAACCUGACUCACCUGGGUUUGGGAGAGAACCUGCUCCAGCAACUCCCAGAGGAAAUUGGCACACUGGAGAACUUGGAGGAGCUGUACCUCAACGACAACCCCAACCUGCACAGCCUGCCGUUCGAGUUGGCGCUCUGCAGCAAGCUGUCCAUCAUGAGCAUCGAGAACUGUCCUCUGAGCCACCUGCCGCCGCAGAUUGUGGGAAGUGGCCCGUCUUAUAUUAUCCAGUUCCUCAAGAUGCAGGGACCCUACCGUGCCAUGGUCUGAGCCCACAACUCCUUCGUCCCAGUCGGACUCUCCCGACUUCUGCGGCGCUGCACCCUGUUGCCUGCCUGCCCUGUUCGCGUGUGUCACACACUCAAAAGGAAUCGGACUCACUGGAGUCCACGACGGGGCGCAAAGAAGAGUUUCAGGAACAGGACAUGUCUUACCCAUCAUGAGCUUAAGACACUUUCCUAGACUCUUAUUAUCGGGGUCAUUUUAGGACAUGCCCACUCUUGCUUAUCCUUUCAUUCCAAACGCACCAUAGGAAAUAUUUUCACCUAUUUGCCAAAAUGCAUAUAUAUAUAUAUAUAUAUAUAUAUAUAUAUAUAUAUAUAUAUAUAUAUAUAUAUAUAUAUGUGGGUGGUAGUGUGGCAGGUCUGUAAAUCAUUUGAGCGCCCUCUCUUUGCCAACAUAUUGUCAUUACACGCAUCUACUGUGAGGGAGGAAACAAGGAGGUUAUAUGCAAAAAACAAAAACAAAACAAAAAAAACUCCACAUUUACUGCUGCUGCCAUAAUGAUCCCUUCAAUUCCAAACAUGUGUUCAUUGCUUUCCGAACCACAGAGAACAAAGAUCUAACGGUGGCUUGUAUGUCAUUUUAAGUACUUUUUUUUUUUAAGUUUUCUUUUUUUUUAAACUGUGCCUAUGUUCAGAGUGAUCCACCGGUUCAUUCCUGAACACAAUCCUUUGUGGUGUUUCGAAGAAAAAAAGGUUUUAUUUUUAAAUGACUGCAGUUUUGUCCUUCACCCGUGGGUUUCCUGUCCUCAAGGGACGACGUUGGGUUUUGUUUCGCAGCGGCCGCGGCCGCCACACGUGUUGCUUUGUUUCCCUGAAGAUGGGUGAGUUUCUAACAUUGCUUUCGUGACAAAACGUGUUUGAAGCAGAGACCUGGGUGGUGGGAUGUUCUUCUCCGUGUGCACACGUCCUGGCUGUUGCCUUCGUAAUGGGGUUUCCUCGCUCGGUAAUAUCGUCAGUGUUGGGCUGCGCAGCUGGUAUCAGUCUGUCGUCAUAUCGGAAUUAUCACAAGUCAAAUAAUAUACUUUUACGUCAAUAUCCAUCUUUAAGUUUGGACAGGGUUUUGCCUUUAACUCUUAAUAUCCCCGUGGUUUGCAAUUGUAAUUUAAUUUUUUUAAUGCCUGUUGUCCCACACUGUCCCAGCAUUGAUGCUGCUGCUGUUAUGCACUUUUUUUUUUUUUUUUAAAUGAAACGAGACAUCGGCAUUCUCCAUGUUCAGAGAGACAGUUUCGCCUCUUUGGGGGGGUCUGAAUGGGGGCAUGUUGUUUUGAUAAAGAAGUAUUUUAUCCGUUCAACAAAUGUCUUGUAAAUUUGUAUCGAUCGAUUCUAAACGCAGGGGCAGGCGAGGACCUUCCUCGCCACUCGCUCUCUUGAACUGUAAAAGGGUUUGUGAUAUUUUUAAGAUUCUCAUAUCUUGAUUUUUAUUUUUUGUUUUUUUUUCUUCUUCACCAGUGACUUGUUCAGAUCAGAAUUGUUUAUUGUGAAUCAUUGAAUGUUCUUUUCAGAUGAUGAAAUGUGUAUUCAGUUAGUAUUAUUUCAGUGAUUGUACAUUAAAGGUCCCAACAAAGGUAAAUAAGCAAACCUUUUUAACCCCUCCCUCUCCACUGCCCUCAAACCUGCCGCUCCCUGGUUUGUGUUGUCUGUUUCGAGCGGUGGCAGCUUCUGGUCGAGAGACCACGACAGCCUCCUGUGGGGGUCUGUACUGUUGCUUUACCAGCAGGUCUGUGGCUGCUCUUUCCUGGACUGAUCUCAAAGCUGUUCCACAAAGCGGUCAGAUCCACGUUGGAUCCGACUUUUCCACGCAGAUCAAAUGUUUUUGGACAUAUAGUUGAGUCACUCGGAAAACAUUGUAAAAAGGGCUUUCUCUGUUCUCGCUCAACGAUAUGUCAGAGGCAUUGCAUUCCUGGGUUUUCUACAAAAGCUUUGGAAGAUUUGACUUUCUUUGUGUAUUUACUUUGUGUUGUAAAAUGCCUUCAACAUGUACUCAAAAGCAAGAUGUGCAUUAGGUAUGCAGCGUGACUGCUGUGACCCAUUUUUACAUUCACACACACACGUUUCUUUUCCCCACGUGACGGUUUAGAAAGUGGUGCAGAAGACUGCCAUUAUCGAACCCCUCUUCUGUUUUAUUGGAUCCAAAAUGACUCUGCUUUGGUGUCACUUUACGUUGUGUCAUUUAAAUACAUCACACAUUGAAAGUGGUGAUUCUGAACCUCUUUCCAUUCCGCCAGGUCUACACUUGUGUGGUUAUUUAAUAUUUCCGCGGCGUGGUUUUGUACAUCACCAUAACUUCUAGGUGCGUAUCUCCAUGCUGAUCCAUUAACCCUGGUCUUCUCUGUCCGGCGCCCCCUGGUGGUUGUGACUGGUCAUCAUUUUACAGCCUUUGUGUAUUUCAGUACAACUUUAUGUUUAGCUCUGGGCGGGACGGCCACUGAAUAAUCCGUGGAGGAUUCUUGAAAUGUCCCAAAUAAAGAUGGAAGGGGUUCCUGUUUCCAAGUCGUGUGUCAAAUUUGAGUCGGAUUUUGAAGACAAUGGCUGAGUUUAGCGACACUUGCGAAUGUUUCGAGGAACAGAGCUAGCCAUUAAAGGGGCCCUACCCUGCUUUGCCAACUGGUGUGUGUGGGAAGUUUUGCUCCACAUGUCGUGCCAAAUCAUGAGGUCGCUCUGUUUUGAGUUGUUGCCAUUAUUUUUGGGCAGUUUCCCGUCACCCUUGCUACUUUCACAAACUCCAUGAAUUUGUGCCGCAACGUUUGACUCCGCCCACCCCCCUGCAGAGCGACAAGAAGAAUUGAGCGUCAUAUGUAAUACGUCCAGUAAUAUUAGUAGCUACUAAGAGUCUGAGCCGACACACUGUAGUCUUUGUUCCAGUAGAUCAAGACAAAUUCGGCACAUUGACUUGUGUUCAUAACAAACCCUAUGAAGUACACUACUUAAAAGUGUAAGUAACAAGGUUGCUGGAGCUUGGUGAGUGGAAACAGCAACAGCUGUGGCGGGAAAAUUUAAAAAAAAAAAAUCUAUUUUACGGCCAAAAUUUGGAGUCAGAUCAGCGAGUCUUUUGAAUUCCCGCGUCUAAACCCAGAACCUUUCAUUAAACCGAGCAUCCCAUCCAUGCAGCAGAUCUUUCAGAUUAACGUCAAAGAUAUUUUGCUUAAAUCUAAAAUGGCGAUCAAUAUCCCUCCCAAACUGUAGCCAGUAUUUCAGUGCUCCACAAGCUCCUACAAGGAGCAGCGUAGGGCCCCUUUACUUGUUGCUACACGUGCUGCAUUAUGUUGAGGCUGAGUUUAGAGGAUGGCAGCUGGAUUUUGCCAACGUGAGGGUGGUCCACAACAUCUGAAGGGGGGCUUGGCCAGAGGACAGAGCUCCACUCCCGACUAUAUACAGGAAGGAUUAGAUUUACUUACCAAUCACUAAGAAAAAGUCGAACUCGAACUGUGGAUGGUGGCUGGACGCUGAGGCUCUUGCACUACUAUCUGUAUACUUGACUGCCUUACGUACGCCAAGCCAAACCUUUAUGCCCAUGUGAUCAGACGUCUUUCAGUUUCCGCACCAUUGUGGACAUCGGGAAUGUUGGGGGUCACCUGUCUCCUGUUGGAUCAAAUGACUACCUCGAUGUGAGUCUUCAUUUCUGACCAACCAACCGACCAACGUCCGGUCGGAGGGCACCAGUGCACCCAACACAAGUCGACAGCAGGAGACCAGCAGUUGUACUUAUUUUGGAAAACAUGCCUUUUAUGACAAGUAUUAUUUUGCAACUGCACCGCAGGACAGAUCCAGAGAUUCUUCUGCUUUGUUGUAAAUACUGAAUCAAUGCCGCCCCAUUGUAAGUCAUGUGACAACUAGUUUCAGAGUGCUACUUUGCAAAUGGGUGAAAGUGACCAGGUUUGAUGUUCUGUAUGUACAUACAUCUUUUUAACUGUA